CGGGGAAGCAGCGCAGUAAUGGAGCAACCAUUGUGUUUGUGUUAGCUAAUGACGUAUUCUGUCAGAUAGAAUGAGAUUAACUCGUGUAGAGACAGUUUAACUCGGUUAAAAUGUCGUAUUCUACACAAGGUUACGGAUGUUUGAUCUCAUUACGAAGCACUGCGCAGUAACGUAACGUCUUCGCUUUGGGAUUGUUGUGACAGUAAGAUGCCUAUCCGAGCAUAUUGCACGAUUUGCUCCGAUUUUUUCGAUCACUCCAGAGAUGUUGCUGCCAUCCACUGCGGACAUACUUUCCACUAUGAAUGUCUUCUCCAGUGGUUUCAGACAGCCCCGACAAAAACCUGUCCACAAUGUAGAAAACAGGUCAGCACCAGACACAUUAUCAGCAAGCUGUUCUUUGAUAUUGGUGGAGAGGAGGAGGCCUCAGCGGACCCUGAAAGCUUGCAGAAUGAGCUUGAUAGGAUGAAGGCACUUUUAAACUCUAAAG